AUGAGUUGGCGAAGACAACAAGGUGCAUGCAGUUCCUAUUCUCGGCCGCAGAGGCACCAAUCUUGGACUAAAGAUCGUAGUCAGUGCCGUUACGAGUCACUUAGAUGUGUGCCUUAUUGGGAAAGGAAGUUUUGCACGACGGUUGGAUCAGUCCCAUGGCGAAAACUCGUCGAAACAAAGAAGUACAUGUCUCUCUAUAAAAACAUCGUUGAGUGGAAUGACUCGGCCGGAGAAGAGGCCUUCAACAAUGCGAAAAACCGGUUUUGGGCGGAGAUGAACGGCCUGAUUCCCAGCUCCGACAUAUCUUUGCCUGAUCCCGACAUGUACAUUGAUGACAUAGAUUGGAGCUCAUCAUGCAACAAUAUUGAUCCACAACUGAUUUUAGACUUGGAAAAGAGCAAGAAACCUAAACCUUCCGACGAUCGUGAAGCCGAAACCCUAGGCAAUGAUCGUGAGUUUGUUAUUCUCGGCCUUUAUCCUAUCUAUUUAAAUCCGACGAAAUUGCCGUGCUCUGGAAGGGGUGAUGAGUUUGAAGAGGAGAUCUUGAAAAAUAAAGAAAAUAAUGUUCUUGAAAAUUAUGGAAAGAAUGUUGUGGAUGAUAAGAAAAAUCCUUGGGAAUCUGCUUGUGUUGGUCAGAGUAAAGCUGCAGUCAUAGGAGGAGCAUGGAACACCAACACUACUUGGAACAACAACAAUUCAAGAUAUAAGACAUCGACGCGGUCGAGAUUUCGCGGUGGUUACAAUGAUCACAAAUUUGGAGGGUGGUGGUGGAACAACGGAGGAAGGAGAAGGAACAGAUAUUCAGUUCAAGUUGGUUAUGAAAACCUAGCUUCUUGUUAUUGA